AUUGAAUGGUUCAUUCAGCCUUCCGAGACAGACCUGUCCGGCAAUCACACUCUCACUCACAGGCAGCCUUAGUUAGCCACUUAUCAGCCAGGUAGUAGACCCGUCAGCCGAUCAAAACACCCCCGUCCAUCCAUCCAUCUGGUCGGUCACACACGAACGAACGAACAUGCAGCCGGGCAAUCAGCUAGUCAGUCAGUCAUGCACACAAAUACUUGCCCCUCGUCCGUCCGUCCGUCCGUCCGUCCGGCAGGUUUGUUGGUUGGUUACUGUACACACACACGUCGUCGUGACCGACCGGCUUGUCCAUCGUCUAGUCAUCCUGCCUGUCUUCCCUGUCUUCCCUGUCUGUCUGUCUGUCUCUGAUUGUCGCCGAUACGGCAAAGUGAAUGCAUUCGUUCUCUCUUGUGGUGCUCCUUCUGUUGCUCCAGUCAGUCGAAAAACAAAAAAUCCGAGUGAGUCGAUGGGGGUGGGUGGCGCGAGAGACCUGCCCGCCCCUUACUCAUUCCUGACUGAAUUGGCGCCCGUCCAUGGCCACCCACCCAUGCGCAUGACAGUCCGUCGGUCAGUCAGUCGGCUGCCAAGAAAGAGUUGUGCUGCGGAUGCCGGCCGGCCGGCUGCCUUAGUCAAAACACCAUCCAUCCCACCACACCCCCACGCCACGCAAAGACACGGAAGCACAAGAGGGUACGUAAAGUACUGAUUGGAUGUGAUCGGAGUCCGACGUGUUUAGUCAGCCAUAGUAGUCAAUAUCACCAUCCAUCAUGCCAUGCCAUGCAGCGGUCCGUCCAACACGAGACUCAAUCACACAUGGCAGGCAGGCAGGCACUCCACUCCCGCACAGGCAGGCAGGCAGGCAGUCACAAAUGCGAGCAGCAAAGCCAGCCACACACACUCACUCACCCGAGCCGAAAAAACAACACAGCCACGUGUGACGUGUGGCCCUGCCCUGCCCUCCCCUGCCCGCCAGCCGCACUCAUCCGCCCAUCCAUCCAUCUAUCCAUCCACCUGGCAUCCCAUCCGCCAACACGAUGCACAGGCGGCUGAACAUUCACACACACACACACACACAGAGAGAGAGAGAGAGGGAGAAGAGGCCACACUAAUGUCAUGCCAACUCUUUCCCUCUCCUUCCCAGCACCGAAUGCUCACCUCGCUUCGUUCUAUCGGUUGUGGUUGUUGAGGUGGUGCUGCGGGUAGAUCUGCGCCAUCAGCAGCCGCUGCAUCGCACUCUCAGCAAUGCCCCCACCGAGUGCCGGUGCAGUCGCCGCACCGGCAGGCCACUGCCCCCAGCCGGCCUGCGGGUACUGCCCGAGUUGGUAGGGGUAGCCAUUGGGCAGCUGGGCGUGUUGCGGUGAUGCGAUCUGAGUGGCACGGGUGGCGGGGCGGGGGUUGGGGAUGCCGGCGCGGGGCAUGAUGGGGGCGUAUCCACGGGGGGUGGUGCCAGUGUGGUUGUGGUUGGUGGCCGCCUGUGCAGCACUGGGGGACUGGCCGUUCUGCAACCCGAUGCUGUUGUUGGUCGACUGGCCGUUGACGAGCUGCUUGCGGUCGACGUACGGAUAGCGAUGUGGGUGCGUGGCGAAUACGUCACGGCCAAACAAACUCGCCGGCACAUCUGAAGCCAACACACAACACACACCACACAGCACAGAAAACAUAUAUGGAUCCAUCCGAGAAAUGACGGGGUCCCUCCCCUCUGGCUGGUGUGUGUGCAUCGUAUCGUAUCUACCAUUCGGGUAUCCGCUGCGAGCGCGAGCAAAAUCAGCAGCAGGCCCUCCCACGCCACGGGUCUUGGACGCCUCCUCCCGACGUGAGGCCGCCGCCGCAGGACCGUCCCUCUCAUGCGUCUUAGACGCAUCAUCACCCAACACCAUGGACGAGUCCUCACUCCCCAGAACAGGCGGUGUGCCCAUCGCAACACCACUGCCGCCGCCCCUACUGGGGCGAGCCAAACCCUUGCCGCUCAGAUCGCCCUUGGCCUGCUGCUGCAGCCAUGGCCACUGGUCCAGGGCGGACGAUGCUGCUGCCGCUGCUGCCGCUGCUGCCGCUGCUGCCGCUGAUGCCGACGUGGGGAUGGUGCUGGUGGCGAUCUGCGGCUUGUUGCCACCGUUGCUGGGGGGCAGCUGCAGAGGAGGGAAGAAUGGGCGGUACGCGGGGGAAACAGACGACGACGAAGCCGCGGCAGGGCUGGCCGACACACCGUUGGCGUUGGCGUGGACCGUCGACGGCUGCUUGCUCGACGAGGCCUUGUAUGAGGGCGCCACUGCAAACACCACACCACACCACACACGGCACAGCACAGCACACAUAAAUGGAUGGAUGAGUGGAUGUGGGAUGUGUGUGUGUGUGUGUGCCGGUUUUCCCCGCCUUGGUUACUCGUGCGAGGCUGCGGCUGCACGAACGCCGGCUGCCCGAAGGACGCAUACGCGUAGGGCGACGAGAGCAAUGGCUGAUAAGCCGAGGCCGACACACCGACACCAAGGCCGGUACCGAAGCCGCCGAAGCUGCCGCCCGCGACCUGGCCGAGGCCGUACUGGUGGUAGUGGGAGAAGGGCAGGGGAGGCCGGCCGCUGUCAGCCCCGGCCCCACUCUUGGCGGCCUGUCUGGUGCGGUCGCUAAUGUUUGUGGCGUUGCUGCUGUUGGUGUCCAGAGAGCGUGAUGGCGGCAGAACGGGCAGGUUGGCCCAGGGGGGAGGCUUGCCGAGUGCUGGUGCUGCGGGAGCCGCUGCCUCGCUCUCCCUGUUGCUGCCCGCCUCGCCCGUGUCGAUGCUCUUGCACUCCUUGCGCACCAUCUCCUUCACCAAACGAACGCGGCGAGCCAGACUCUCCCUCUCACGGCUCGCAGCGGCCGUCUCCCCCGCGGCCUUGCCCGGCGCCAUCUCCACAUCGCCGUCCACAUCAACAUCAACAGCAGCAGCCUUGCGGCGCCUCUUGGCGCGUCCCCCAUUGUUGGCACUGUCGCCGCUGCUGUCGUUCUUGCUGGCGGACUCGUCUGUCUCGAACGACGGGGGCGAGGGCGAGCGCCUGCUGACCUGCCGCUUGCGCCUGGACCUGCGGCGGCCGCCUGCCUGCCCGAAAGUGCCGCUGGUGUCCUCCGAGUCCUCCUCCUCCUGCUGGGAGGGGGAGGGAGUGUCGUGGCCGGGGGGCGGGGGCGGACGGGGGGGGAGCACCAUCGACGGCACCCCGUCGCGCGAGUAGUAGGCCAUGUAGGCCUGCAGACAGCACAGCCAGCCAUGGGAUUGAAACACAGAGACCAGGUAGGGUGGGAGGAUGUUGUGUGUGUGAGUGUGUGUGUAGGUGGGGUGGGUGGGGGUGGGGUGUGGUGUGAUUGGGUGCACGGCCUUGCCCACCUGCUGGGAGAGGACAAACUCGUCGGUGUAUUCGGCCACGGGGCAGGAGUCGUCAUACAAACACCACCGGGGCCGUUCAGCUGAACCUGUGGGGGCUGGCCAAGCCACACAACAGACAGACAGACACAUGGACGGACAGGUAUGAUAUGCAUGUGAUGUGCAGAGAGAGGGGGAGGUGGAUUGGAUGAUGCGAUGCACCCACCCACCCCACCCCCCAUCAGUGACGUGACAUGACCUACCUUUCUUCUCGGAGUCGUCAUCGUCCUGCGCGAGGGCGUACACGGCGUAGUGACCCUCAACAGCACUCGAACCCUUGUGCACCACAACGGCUGACAACCACAGACACAGACAGAGGGAGAGAUGGCAUGGCUGCCCCCCCCACUCAGCUCACUCACUCACCAGUGAGUUUGUGUGUGCCCCGUUUGCCGUCCCCCGCGUCGACAUGCAUGGCCGACGACGAUGCGGCCGCCGAGCCGUUGUUGGCGGCGUAGGCGUCGAGGUCCAACUCCAACGACAGCUCCACGUGGGUCUGCACCUGCAGAGACACAGACAGAAACAAACAGGCCAAUGGAGGGGUGUGGGUUGUCCCUCUCUCUCUCUCUCUCUGUGUGUGUGUGUGUGUGUGUGUGUGGUGCCCCCGUGCCCCCGUACCUUGUCAUUGUUGUCCAGGAAGCGUUUGACCUGCAGGAUGGCCACUUCUGGGACCACAGACAUACUGGUGGCCUUGGAGGCGUCACGCUUGCGCCCACAGGCCUCACACUGGUACCUGACACACACACAAAGACACAGAGAGAUACACACACACACGACACGUGCUGUGUGUGUGGAUUGGAUUGGGUGGGUGAGGUGCCUCCUUACUGGUUGUCGCCCUGCAGUGACUCCUGCGCGAAGUGCGAUCUCAUGCACUCGUCAACGCUAGCAGACUGCCAAAGGACACACACAGAGAGAGAGCAGAGAGAUGCAACAAACACAUCAACCACGUCUCGCCUGCCUCCCUCCCUCCCUCCCUCUGUGUCAGUCUGAUGGGUGCGUGAGUGUGUACCUCACCUCGUCCGUCAUGCCGUUGCCAGGUAUGGGGAUGGACAUGAUCCAAUGGGGCUCAUCUCGCGUGCUGACCUUGCCGCAACACUUGCACGUCACCACCGUACGUUGCACACCUGACGCAACCAACAAUAGUGAGUGACACACACACCACCCUGACUGACCACUUGUGGGUGUGUGCUGUCGUGUGGUGUGGUGUGGUGUGGGUGAAUGGAGCGGUGCUGCGGCCCCACCUCUGAAGAGUUUGGAGACGGGCGUCUCGGUGGUGUGGUCGGCUCCCGCCUGCUCGAGGGUGAUGUCGGUGGCCCCACUGUCCGACAACAUGUCCGCCAGGAUCUCGCGGUGGAGGGUGUCCAGAAAGAAGGUCGUCGCCUCUGCAACGUCCUCCUGCUUGCCAACACCUGCACACACACAGAGACAGAGAGGGAGACAUGUGUGUUGGGCCGGGGGGCGGAGGGAGGGAGGGAGGGAGGGAGUGUUUGUGUGGUGUGGUGACUGACCGAAGUUGGGGCACGUCCGCAUGAGGGUGUAGAAGAAGGUGCUGGGUGUGAUCUUGAGAUUCAGACAGUCGGCCUUGUCCAGCAGCACCUCGCUGCGCUCGGCCGCCCGCUGCUUCGAAACUCUCUCCUUCUCGCCAACCGUCCACAUGGCGCUGAUCCAUCCAUCCACCACACACCAGACAACACACAUAGAGAGAGGGACAGAUGAGCGAGGUCUUGUCUGUGGUCUGCUUGUGCGUGCGUGUGGUGCUUCCUUCGGUCUUACCUUGUGACGAGCACCGUCUCCCAAAGUAGUGACGAACUCGGUGCCUUGUGGUCGGCUCUCGUGGCGCGGCCUCCCCUUCCCAAACGACCUAGGUUCUCGGUGCCCUUGUCUGCACACACAAGAAUCGACCAGGAAGAGCCGUGAGCGGUGGUGGACUUCUCCCACCUGCAGCUGUCUGUCUGUCUGUCUGUCUGUGUGUCUGCGUCAGUUGGUAUCAGUCAAACGUACCGCUCAGCUUCGGAGCGUAAGCCUCGAACCGGCGAACCAGUGACUUCUUCCGGAGGGUAUACGACGAGCCACCUGACCGACAGCCAGAGAAGAAGGAGUCCAACCAACGAACGAUGCAGUCAGUCAGUGUGUGCGUCGUCUGUCGCCCUGUGCUGUGCUGUGCUGCGUUCUUGGGUGGCUCGGCUUCUUACUCUUGAGUAAGAAAAGGACUAGGGGGCGCACACGGAGCACGUUCUGGAGCAAGGACGACAUAUAGCAGGACUGCUUCAUGAUGUUGAAGAACACCACAUGUCGCGGCCACUGCAGCCCACGCAUACAGCCACAACAGCACCAUAUAGCAGUGCACAAUGCCCCGAGAGACGAGGAAUGCCCUCAGGUCGCUCACCCUUUGCAGCCACUGCUCGUCAUACGGCACCGGGCUGGCGAACUGUGGGCUGUUGGAUACUACUGCGAGGGUGGACGCCCUGCCCUUGGCUGCGGUGGGCGAAGGGGGACGGGGAGAGGGUGACCGAGCAGCUGAUCGAGAGCGGCCUUUCCGGCCUUUCGUUGAAGGCAUGGUGGACGGGGCUGCUUCUCAACGCGGUACGGUGGCGUCAACUUCCCUCACGAACGUCAUUUCGACUUUCCUGUUUCGG